GAAAAUACUGUUUUUGUUCUGUUUGUUCAAAACAGAUGACGAAGGAACAGCUUGCCAAAUUGUGCAAGACAAUUGUAACCUUCAUCGCACAGACCACCCUGCAGAUCCUGCUGCCAGCCCUGGCCCGCGUACUUGGGGUAAAGGACUUUGCUGACGACGACACUGACUCACCCAAGAGGGGUGGCAGUGCAAGAUCCUUUGCUGCCUUUGAUCAGGAAAGACUGGAGCUCAUCCAGGAAGUUAGAUAUCUGGCGAAGAAAAUGUAUAAGGGCGGCACAGGGGCUCAACAUCUCAGGUCCCUAACACCCUCUUCUAAGAGGUAUGUUCCCCUCAAGGUUUUCAUGUAUGGAUUUCACCAAGAUCAUCUAUCCCAGUGUUAGCCAAUGCAAUCUGAUGUAGUACAAAAUGUAAUGUAUCAGCCUUUGAGCAUAUUCAAAUUAAUGAGCAUGUAAAGCGAUCAAAAGGACAUGUAGAUAUUUAGAAUACUAAAAUUACAACGCUUCACCGAUUUGCCAAGUUAAGACAGGAAUUAUCAUGCUUUGCUUGUUCGUUUUAAAGUUCCCAGAGCUCAGUGAAAGUCCACCUGGGAAUGACAGAGGACAGAAUCAUCAAAAGUGUCCAGGAGCAACUGUCUGAUCAUAAUAUCCUGUCCUCUUGCCCACCUGAGCUGACUGUUGGUCUUAUCAAGGUGGUGGUCGAACAGCUUAACUCUGCCCUCUCUGCGACCAUCAGCAGAGCCAUUUCAGGGCAGUCCUCCCCUAUUUCUUCUGGUAACCAGGCCGCUGAACAAAUGGUCAACAUGGUCCAGAAAUGUUUUGAUGAUCACGCCACUCCAGAGGACCAGAGCUCCACCUCUGUAUUAGAGUCAUGCAUUCCACCUGCAACAGAAGAGGUGAUGACUGUUAUCGCAGAGAUGGUGGGUGAAUUGGAAAAAGAAGAUCCGGAAUUGGCUAAGGUUUUUCGAGAAGUGGCUGUGAAAGUUAAAAUGUUGGCAUCUGGCAGUGACCUUGUAGUGGAGCACCUGGAUGUUGAAGACUCUCCUGUUCCAGAGGAGCUGAACAUAACAUGUACAUCUUGCAAAGCAAUGAUGCAAAAUCUUGGCACUCUGUUUAGUGUGAAGUUCAAGACCAAAGCCUCAAAGGCUGUGAGUGAAAUUCUUGUGAGAAGGUUAAUGAGCGAUAUCUCUGGUAUGGUUCAACCUUCUCAUUCAUUUAGUACCACUCCAAGCUUGAUGAAUGCAUCUAGCCCAUCUGACAGGAUCCUUGAUUCUGCGGCCACUGAGCUCAUACAGACCAAAGUAGAAUCUGAGGCAUCAAAAUAAUUGAUAACUUUGUUGAAGAUGUCAAGGACAUUGUGCAGUAUGCUGAAUUAGAUCAGCCAACAAGCACCCAGAGAGAUACCCAAGUGGGACACUGUACGACAAAGCGGAAACCCUUCCAUGCAGCUCGUAGACUCUGCGAGAGACUUCAGGCAAAGCUGGAGACAUUGUUCCUCAGAAUGGGUGGAGCUCCAGUCCAAGGGGAAGAACUUAUGGAAAAAGCUGACUCCAGUGCUGUGCUUCUGGAACAUACUGACUCCAGUGAUCUGCCUGUUUCAAUCCUGAGCUUGCCUUCCCCAUGUAGGAGUGAAUCCCCUAUAUCAGAACGUAGUUCAUCUUCUUUAUCUGAUGGAUGUGAUUCAACUGACUCUGUAGGAGAGAAAACACCAGAGCAACCUGAAACCAGUAAGAGUGAGGCAAUACUGCAAGUGGUCAACUCAACGGGACUUGUAAUUCUCUGUAAUUCCAACAUGGUGCCCUGCACCAAAGAGGUCUUGUCCCAGAUUGUGACCAUGUAUAGGUCAGAGGUGGCAGAUUUGGAAUGCACAUCAUCUGUUGCAGAGGGUUCCUCUUACAACUCCCUUGAAGUCUGUGGCUUUUUGGACAGUGUCAUGUCUUAUCUAGAAGACAUGCCCGUGUCUGGUUCUUCAUGGUUGGAAGGAUUAAGAGAUACUCCAGCCUCAGUCAUUGAGAAACUCUCCAGUGAGGAGUUCCAGAUGAACGCUACCAACGAAGUGCGAAAAAUACUGAUCAAAUCAGUCAGUAGCUUUCCCAGCAAAGUCAGUUCCAGCCAGACAGAUUCUCAGAUGUUGCCAGCAAAAUCAACAAUUUCCUUAAGGCAUACAGAUAUAACUGCUUUUGAAAUCGUUGGAUCAAUUACAAAUGACAUGAAGAGCCUUUUCCCACCCACAGAGUCUUCUACUACUCUAUGGCAGGCAGACUCUAUGCUUCAACAGAGUGAUGAGAAAACCUCAGAGUACACUGAGGCCACACCCAAAGGCUCACAGUCUGGUUUGGAAGUAUCUGAGAAGAAGAUCUGGACAACUGCAAAGACUAUUUACCACAAUGUGAAGACAAAGAUGAGGAAUUAUUUUACAUGGCAAAAUCAAGUCAAAGCAACAACGGCUCAAGCCAAAAAGACCUUCAGCCAUAUUCUGGUUUCAAUUCAGAAAGAGCUGUCAAAAUCUGACCAAACGGUGACUGCGCUUUCACAAAUAGAGAAUGUGGUUGGAAUGAUGCUGAAGGAUGUUGAAAGGGUAAGCAGUGAAUGUGGUGAGGAACCGAUCUAUCAAGCGCCACAGCGUUCUUCCUCCUCGUUGUCAUCCUCAUCUGCCAGAUCAAAGAAGUCAGAGUGGGAAUUUUCACUCCCUGGCACUCCCAUCUCUUCUGAUUUACCAGAGAGUAUUACUCAGCCCAUUGUGAGAUGCUCAGUCAUCGACAUGGGCAAAUCUACUAAGCCAAAAACAUUGGUGUGUGAUGCCAGGGAAAGCAUGUCUGCAAUAGUGGAUACCAUCAUAAAGGAGGUACAUCCAGAGGAAGAAGGGGAGGUUGCAUUCCACCCUGAUCUAACAGCUGCAAUAGCAAGACUGGAGGAGCUCAUAUGUCAGGGUAGGAUUGGUGCUCUCUCACGUGAUCUUACUCACCAAGUCAACCGCAUCAUUUCUGAGAGCAACUUGACCCCUCUGGUUCUGACAGUGGCGGCUGGAAAGAGUGUAUCCGAUACAGUCCUUACUGAGCUGAAGAGGAAUGACAAGACGGUGGGGAAGCCCACAGCUUACAAGCUGGUUCAGCUUUUGCAGAGGAGUCUGUGAAGCGCCUCUUGCUUCCUAGCCUUGUGCCCUCUACAGCUUCAAUGAGUUUGGCUACAUCAGCAUUUAGUGACACAGUCAGCCUGUUUACCAAAGUAAUGGUAAGCCAGGUCAUGGACUCUGUGGUUUCUGAUGAACAAAGCAGAGGGUCAUCUCCAACCGGAACUGUAACUGAUAUAGGCAGUCUACUGAGUGGUAAGUCCUACCCUCUGCCAUCUUUCUCCGCCAUCAGCAUGACAACAAGUGGGACCUCCAAUGCUGCACGAGGCUUUGAGGCCAACAUAGAUGCUGAGGAAAGGGAUACCAUCAGUUGUUUCGGUGUACCUCAGAGCAUUGUUUGUGAUCAGAAUUCAACCAGCCCGGAUGUUGCCUCGCUUUCAACCCCAUCCACUGACAACUUAGUCGGUGAUGAUGACUUCACCGGCCUCAUCAGCAUGUUAGUGGUGAGACUUCUGUCAAAAAUCCAAACCCAAACUGAUCUGUACCCAACUGACGUCACACGCACGUCACAAGACCUGAUUCCAAAAGUUAUAGCUGCCUUCUGUGCAUGGUCAGGCUGCUCUGAGACCCAAGCUUAUCCCAAGAACCUGAAGAGUCACAAAGUAUACAGCACCGUCUACAAACAUCUGUUGAAGGAGUUUGGCUCAGAGAAAAUACUCCAACUGGCCGUGUCGACUCAGGACUCCACAUUCAAUAGGAUUCUUGUGAAGUCAUUGAGCAAGGAGCUUCUCCAUAGUUGUAACGAGGCAUCAAGAGCAGCCUCAAGAACAUCUUUCGAAGCCACCAGGCCAGAAGCUCUUCUCAUGGCUGAAGAUGUGAAGGCUACCAGAGGGAAGCUGUCUUUCCUACAAAGGCUUGCCAGACUGAAAUUCGACUUAAAGCCAUUCAUGAUGGGAAACAAGAAGGAUUCCAAGAAGAAUUCCCUUCUGAAUCCAAAGACCAGACUACUGCUGAAGAUAUCAUGUUGGCACAUCCUGGACUCCCAGAGGGUCUUCCCUCCACCUCUCAACAGGAGAAGCCUCGCAAACGUCCCCUUCUAAUCAGGAUGUUUUCCACCAUCUCCAUAGGCCUAUCCAAGCCAUUCAAACAGUUUUCAAAGCAAGCUUAAUACAACAAUUUCCUUUAAUACAGUAAUAUUUGCAUUAAA